UUUUGCAGGACAGACGUACCUUAUCUCUUAUUCCUCUUGAAAAUUGCAGGCACGAAAACAAACCCUGCCUGUUGCUUGGUCUCAAGACCAGUCAUUUUUCUGUAACUAUUAUUAGCUUGAGCUUUUUGAAGAUUUGGGUUAAGUUAUUCCUCACUGUUGGUGUUCCUCAGUGCCGGGGUUCUGAUCAGAUUUCUGAAAGAAGGAGAGAAGUUAUUAUUAAUUUUUUUUCCCCCUGGAUGAGUCUGUUUUUACCUUCUCGUUGAGAGUAUUUCUUGAGGAGUAGGUCUUGAUCUUAAAAGUCUGCUUCGUUCUUUUCCCACCACCAUGCCUCUCUCUGAAUUUCAUAGAGCUGCGAGCAGAAAUCUUCAUUCUACACGAUCCCUGAUGACUGCUGAUGUCUCUUCCUCUGUGCCUGAUGACGAAUUUGUCGAGCUGCUAUGGGAAAAUGGCCAGAUCGUUAUGCAAGGACAGUCGAGCAAACCGAAGACGAGCUCUCAUCCAAAGGUUGAAGACUGGGAUCACAGAGAUCCCACAAUCCAAAAGUUGAGCCACCCCGAGGAGUUUGAUUCCGUAGCCAGCGAGGCAUCACUUGCAGUGCCUUGUUCCGAUAUAGGAUCGUACGCGCAGGACGAUGAUGAUGAUGGUGUGGCUCCUUGGAUUACUAACCCGAUGGAGGAUCCUUUUUCCUCGGAGUUCUUCUCUGAGUUUGUCGGCAUUAACCCAAACCCUCCCUCGAUCGAAAGAAGCGAUGGGCAUAGCUCUAGAGCUCUCAGAGAAGGCUCGGGGCUUAGUAAGAUUGGAGGCAACCAAUCCCAGGGUUCUGUUCUGAAUAAUGCUAUGUCCAGAAUGUCGGGUUUCGGGGCCGAUGAUGACCAUUUUCGGAAGCAAGGCUCGGCAUCAGCUUCCAAGCCAUCGGGAGCAAGCAAUGGAGUCGGAGUGAUGAACUUCGCUAAUUUCUCGAGGCCUGCUUCCCUUGCUAGAGCUAACAGUGAGAGCUUGCAUAGGUUGAAGACGAACGAGAAGGUGUCUUUGGCUUCUGCAAGCACCAAUCCUACGGAGUCCACAUUGAUACAGUCUAGCGGGGCCCGAGGAAAUUUAGCUCUAGAUUUGCAAUCUAAGGUUAACAAUCACAACUAUGCUAGUCUUGUUGCCAACAAAGGAAGCAUAUCAUCUGAUCAUCGCAUUGAUCAUCAGAGAUCAAGAUUUGCAGCGAGCAUUCCUGUGGCUGAAAAGGGUCCUGAAGCAGCUGUUGCCUCUUCUAUGUGCUCAGGCAGCAGCGCUGGAGCUGCGUCGAGUGAUCAAAAGCAUGGAGCGAAGAGGAAGGAUCGAGAAGGAGAGGAACUUGGGUACCAUAGUGAAGAUGUCGACGAUGAUGGCUCGAAGAAACCUGUUACGGGGCGAGGAGGCUCUAGCACGAAACGAACACGUGCUGCAGAGGUGCAUAAUUUGUCAGAAAGAAGGCGGAGGGAUAGGAUAAACGAGAAAAUGCGAGCGUUGCAGGAGCUUAUACCCAACUGUAAUAAGGUGGAUAAAGCUUCGAUGCUCGAUGAGGCCAUUGAGUACCUCAAAACUCUUCAGCUACAAGUGCAGAUGAUGUCUAUGGGGAAUGGACUAUGCAUGCCACCAAUGAUGUUACCGUCCGGGAUGCAACAUAUUGGUGCACAUCCAAUGGCUCAUUUCUUGCCGAUGGGUGCAGGAAUGGGGAUGGGCAUGGGAAUGAGUUAUGGGAUGGGGAUGCUCGACAUGAACGGGUCUCCAAAUUUCCCGGUUAUUCCAGUCCCUUCGAUGCACGCAUCACAAUUCUCGUACUCGUUGAUCCCAGGGACCUCAGGUUUUCAGAUGCCAGGAUCGACGGGUGUUCAGUUGUUCGGAAUCCCCGGGCAUGGGCAGGGAAUUUUGCCCGUGCAAGAAUCGAACACGGAAGCAACCAUGGAUCAGCCUAGAACGGGCAGAGAGAACUGAUAAACAAUGAGUUGCAGCUGGCACCUUCCUCUUGUUUAGAUUUUGAUUCCUGAUCAAUGUUGCAUUUUGCAUUUCUCGGUCUGAUUAGACCUCAUUACCGCCGGUAGCAAAAGGGACGUUUGUUCGGGAAUCAGGCAUUGCAUGUUGAUGGAAAAGCGGUCGCAAACUCUAAAUGAUGCGGGAAUGUGUUGAGAGGGACGGGAAUGGCGCGCUCAUUUUUUCGGAGGUGAGAAGUGGCAAUCACAAUGGCGUUCUGACGCGAGAACAUAUUUGCAGUAUGCUAUCAUGCAUAUCUCUUGAGGACGAGGGUGACUAUUGGUCCAGAUGCCUUCAAAGAUGAUGAUUGUGAGAGAAAGAUGACCCUCACUUGGAAAAGUGCUGAGUUUCUAACUUCAUUCUGAUGCACAACGCAGAAAGUUUCUGAAGUUCCCUUUUGAAGCCACAUGUUUUUGUGGUUUAUCACAUUACCCUUGUUAUAAUUUAGAUAAACCCUUCUUAACUGUUGUACAGUUAAUGUAUAGCCUGCUUUUGUAAGCGAGUAUGCAUAUGGUAAGUAUCUGUAUCAUAUCCGAGUCAUAUCCGAACAGCUUGCACCCUUACUUGUACAGCUAUUCUAUAGCCUACUUCGGCCAAAUUUAUGUACUACUUUCACUGCA